GACGUCUGAGGGGGUUUCCGGGUGCGACGGGUCCAGAUGUAGGCUAGCAGGCUAACCGAGAGUAACGUCAAAACAGAGAUAACUUACUACAGCGGUACUUAUAAACGUGAGGGAAGAAGAGACGCAAACAUGAAGGGAGUAAAUGAUUCGUUUCACACGGAGUAAUUUAAUAAGAGACGUUGCCGUGAUCUACAUUAAUCGUUAUAACGUUAGCUAAAAAUAAAAUGUCAACAACGCGGCCCCUUCUCGGCAUGAAGCGAAUCACCGAUGAUACCUGCACGGACCCUCCCGGAGGCAGGCAGUCUCCCACAGCCAGCAAAACACAGCCCGAGUCACUCACCGUAGACGAGUUUGCGGUACAUGAGGACAAACAAACAGAACUCAGAUGCACGAAACCGAGAGUCGAGCAGGUUUUCCAAGUGUCGUUUACUAUUAUUGGGUUGUUGGAUCACACUGGAGCCCACGGAAGUAAGGCUUCAAGGCAGAUAUGGCUCCAGCUGAAGGGGGAUAAGGAGGAUGUUUCAAAAGCAAAGGAAUAUGUGAAAGGCCUCUGUGAUCCGGAGCUGCAAAAGGAAGAGCGUUACCCUGUGGACAUGCACUGCAUUUUUGCUGGUGCUCGUGGACUUUUUCUGGACCGGUUGCUGAGAGACACAAGCGCGGAGGUUCAAGUGUUGGAACCAGGCCGUCUGAAAUUGAUCGGUUGUGCGGAAGCCGUUGUCAUGGCUCAAAGUCGCGUUCAGCAAUUUGUGGCUCUUUUUCACGAGAAGCGCAGCUUGCCCGCUGAUAGAGAACCUUUGGUUAAGCGUGCAUUUAAGACUUUCGUUGAAGACCGGGCUGAUAUAUAUGCUAUGGAGCUGCUCUUGCUACCAAGUGCCCUCAAAGAGGAGCUCCUGGGGUUGGCCCAAAGCCCUACCCAGUCUAUAACUAUCAUCAACAUAGAGCAGGACCGUUCGCAGACCAGCACACCUGUAACGGACCUUUCCAACCGCAUCCUGGACACCACUUUUGAGGACAAGUCCGCAGGUACUGCAACCACUUCCGACAUCUUGACUGGUCUCAACGGACGACCCUGCAACAAGCGUCGAUGCUCUGAAAAUGAGCAGAGGGACACUAAGAGACAGUUUUCGCUGGAGAGAAGAGAGGAAGAACAGUUGGAGGAGCGACAACUGGAGCCCAGCCAGAUUAGGGCUGUUACACCCGCAAAGGCAAUCCAGGGUGCAGUGGGUCUGAACUCUAGUGAGGUAACGAAUGAAGGUGAGGUGGUGAGCCCGGAGACUAACUUGCGCUGCCUGGUGAACUUUUUCAGAACCAUGGGCUACCAGCAGGAGGUGGUGGAGCGUGUGGUGCGGGAGACGGGACAGACGGAAGACACCUUUUUGCUACUGGAACGGAUUGUGGAAGAGACCCAAAGGACCCAGAACACGCAGGGAGCCCAGCGUACUUCUCGCACGCCCGACCCUUCUCCCUCUACUAACGCCUCCUCCACCUCCACCUGUGCUAGACUCAAAGAGAAGGAGCGAGUGCAGAUGCGAGCUCUCUCAGAGAUCAAAUGCAAAGAAAACAUUAGGCCACCCAGUAGUAACGGCAUAGGUCAGAGGAACCAGGCAAGCAAUGCGCCACUCACUUCCACGACUCUGAAAAGAAACAAUGCAGUGCAGAAUGACGUGUGUAGUGAAGUAAUCGUCAUCGACGAUGAUGACGACUUCACAGAGGUAGAAAGGAAGCCACGAAUCACGCAACUAGAUAAAAAGUCAGAGUCGAGAUUUGAUUAUUUGCCGCGGGGUAGCUCUCAAACCAUGGUUCCUGUGCGGACGGAGACCGUGACCACUCUCCGCAGUUCCUCUCAAGGCCCUCCUCUCCGGAACAACGACAAUCGACCAGGCUGCUCCUACCAGACUCUUCCAGUAAGGGCACCUUUACCUCGGUCCGAAGUGCUUAGCACCCCUAAACCAGCACCGCUUACUGGCAUGUCUCGUUUUCAGCAAUCCUUGAGAACCCCUUACAGACUAGUCUUACAGAAUGAACCAGGCUGUCCUGAUCUGCGGCACAUCAUCAUCGAUGGCAGCAAUGUGGCAAUGGCGCAUGGACUAAAUCGAGUCUUUUCUUGUCGAGGGAUCGCCAUUGCCGUGGAGGCCUUUUGGCGCAGAGGUCACAGAGAAAUCACGGUCUUUGUACCUCAAUGGAGACAGAAAAGAGACCCCAACAUUACCGAACAACACUUUCUGACCCAGCUGGAAAACUUGCGACUUCUUUCUUUCACCCCUUCUAGAGAAGUGUGUGGGCAGAGGAUUUCCUCUCACGAUGACAGGUUUCUGCUUCAUUUAGCCGAAAAGACAGGAGGUGUCAUUGUCACCAAUGACAAUCUGAGGGAUUUUGUAAACCAGUCAGAUGUGUGGAGGAGGAUCAUCCAGGAGAGACUCUUGCAGUUUACCUUUGUAGAAGAUCUCUUUAUGAUCCCAGACGAUCCACUUGGAAAGCAUGGACCUCAUUUAGAUGAGUUCUUGCUUAAAGAUAACCGAGGCAGCCCCCUAACACCCCCUCUAAGGACAGAGCUUCGGGCAACUCCAUCGCUUUUCGGCCAAGCACCGCAAUCAACACCACAUCCCUCCUCUCCCUCCCACUGGCCCCAUUCUGGCCCUCCUGACUGGCAUCUUCCUCGUCCGUCCCCCUCUCCACCUCCACAGCGGUCGCCCUCAGAAACCACAGAGCUUAAGAAUAAAUUGUACGAUAUCUUUCCUGACCAAAAGCAGCGAAUUGAUCGUAUCCUCAGCGACAACCCAUACAUGAGGGACCUGAAUGCACUCUCGGGACUCUUGCUGGGAUAAUGCACAUGCACCCAAAGUACAGUUUCGUCCAUGUGAGCAAACAACUGUGUAAGUGCAUGAAGAUCACAUGGAUUAUAAGAGACCACCUGGAUGAUAAAGAGCUGCUACAAGCAUUUAUUUGUUUAAGGGACUUUUUCAUCAAUCAUUAACCUUAAGAUAUCUGGGGCCCUCAAGUACGACCUUAAGCACAAAAAACCUUUGUUGAGAUUUAUGUGGGAGCUUUAAGUACGCGAGAUUGUACAGUCCGAAUGGCAUAUAUUCGAUGUAAAUAUUUAUCUUUACAGAAAUCUUUAUUCUAAAAGGUGUUCCAGCUAUACAGUUGUUUUGAACUGGCUUCGCUGAAAUUACUGCUGAAGGAAAUUUUAUUUGCAUUUUUAUAUAUAAUUGUGCGUUCUGCAAAUUUAUUUUGUUGUAAAUAUCGACAUAAUUGAGCCGAAUUAGUGCUAAUAUCCAGUCAUUUAAAGUGCCAUGUUGUCUGCUUACAGGAUGAAAUCACCACACUCUGUUCUAAUUUUAGUUCCCGUUUAUGGUGAUGUUAGUAAGAAACCUGUAUUCCUGUUUUCUUCUAAGAAUCCCUGGAGACAUCCUCUGAGUCACUCAAUAGAUUACAAAAGAUUUGUCAAAAGUUUCCAGAUUACUAAGUAACCUGGCACUCCCCGUCCACUUCACAAGUUGCGCAAGCCACCAACCAAAAAUAGCAAAUGGCUGAGUGGUCAGUGAUGUAAACCUUUGUCCCAGUUAUUACCAUCAGAGGGCACUAAUGGGUAUAUCAGCCCUUUACUGUUUAAAACUGAGGGCAUGAACAAAAUACAAUGCACUUUCAGUCAUUUUUAAACUAUAAAAGCAUUUUAUUAUAUUACACUAAGGUGAAAAUAUAGUACGAUACUUUUAAGUGUCUUUUCACUAUCUCUCUGACAAUGUGUAGCGUUGAGUUUUGUGAAUUGGUAUUCAGUUUUUGGGGGUGAAAAUUGAACCGUUAAUCGCAUGGAAGCAUCACAAGCUCAGCAGGCACUGUGGGUAUCUCACAGUAUGGCUGCUAUAAGAUUUAGCUUUUUCUGGAAGGCAGUGUUCAAUAAAGGCCAUUAUGUGUUCUGA